AUGACAGCUCGGCAACACCUCCUUAGCCGGGCCCACCAUGUCAGCUCAGCCCUACUAGGCUCGCGACUCAAGUGUGCCCGACAACCCGGUUUCAACACCGUCCAACGACGACUCAGGAGCACAGACUCUCAACUCGCCAGCCUCCUCAAGGUCUCCCCUGAAGUUGCCGACGCCUUGGCCACCAACAAGCCCGUCGUUGCUCUAGAGUCCACCAUCUACACCCAUGGCGCCCUCGGAGACGACCUGUACCUCGAGGACAUUGUUCGCAAGAAUGGAGCUGUCCCCGCUGUUUGCGGUAUCUUGGCUGGCGUGCCAACAGUUGGUCUAGGCACUGAGGAGGUGGCGCGCAUGGUCAAUGAGGGUGCAAAGAAGGCUUCUAGACGCGAUCUUGCAUAUCUGGUUGGAAAGGGCCUUACUGGAACCAAGAUCCAUGGUGGUACCACCAUUUCUGGAACAAUGGUCCUUUCUAGACUCGCCGGUAUCCGCGUAUUUGGUACCGGCGGUCUUGGUGGUGUUCACAAGGGCGGCGAGAACUCAAUGGAUAUCUCGGCCGACUUGACCGAGCUUGGAAGGACUCGGGUCGCCGUAAUAAGCAGUGGUUGCAAGGGCUUCCUCGAUAUCCCCAGGACACUCGAGUUCCUUGAGACCCAAGGAGUCCUGGUGUCCACGUUCGCAGACGGACGUCAAGGAAACAUUGACUUCCCCGCCUUUUGGGCUCGUGAAAGCGGCAUCAAGAGCCCUUCGGUGGUCCAGACCGAGGCCGAAGCUGCGGCCAUGAUCUAUGCCCAGGAACAGCUUAACAUUGAGACGGGUCUGCUCCUGGCCAAUCCCAUUCCGGAGGAGCAUGCCAUCUCCAGGCAGGACAUGGAGCACGCCAUCAGCGUCGCCGUGCAUGAGGCGGACGAGAAGGGCUUCAGCGGCGCCGAGAACACGCCGUAUAUCCUUAAGAGGAUCAGGGAACUGACCGAGGGCCGCAGUGUGCCUGCCAAUAAGUUCUUGGUCCAGUCAAACGUCAAGCGGGCCGCUAAGAUAGCAGUGGAGCUCAGUAAGCUUAUGGACGGGUCUCGCUCCUCCUCUCAGGCUGCUGCGUUCACAAUUCAGUCUCCUGGAACGCUCAAAGUGAAAGUAGAGAUCAAGCCUGAGCCCUCCAAGGUCGCACAGCAGCAGCAGUCUAAUACGGCUGACAUCCUUGUCGCUGGCUCGGUCGCCCUUGAUCUGAGCUGUGACUAUGCCGGCGGUGUUGAUGCCGAGGGCAAUAAGGUAGUCUCGCCUUUGGCCCACGUAUCCAAUCCCUCCUAUAUCACCCAAUCCGUCGGAGGUGUUGGCCACAACGUAGCCCUUGCCGCCAACAAAGUCAGCGAGGAGGGCCAAGUCAGGCUCUGCAGUAUGGUCGGUGACGAUAUCGCGGGGGCCACCAUCCUCGCCAACCUCGAAGCCUCCGGCCUUGACACCACCUGCAUCCGCAAGCUCGGCCGGGAAUACCCCUCCACUCGCACCGCCCAAUACGUCGCCGUCAACGACGCCGACAAGAACCUCGUCAUGGCCAUGGCCGACAUGGCCAUCUUCUCCAACCACUCUUUCCCAACCUACUGGAACUCCGCCGUAGCCGCCACCAAGCCCAAGUGGCUCGUCGUCGACGGCAACUGGGCCGAAACCGACAUCCAGACGUGGAUCGAAGCCGGGCGCAAGCACGGCGCCCGCGUCGCCUUCGAGCCCGUCUCGGCCGCCAAGUCCGAGCGGCUCUUCGCCGCUCCCAAGCUCGGCGGCCAGUUGCCUCUGCGUCUUUUUCCUCACGCCAGCGUCGAUCUCGCUUCCCCGAACCAGUACGAGCUCCAAGCGAUGCAUAGCGCCGCGACGCGGAACGAGUACUUUACGCACAGCUGGUUCGAAGUCAUCGACACGUUUGGCAUGCACGGCUCGAGGGAUAAGUUCGUCAGACUCACAAGCGCGGAGAUCACUGAUAUGGGACUGCCGCAGCAGAAUAUCCAGCUGUUGCCGUAUAUCCCGACGAUCAUCACGAAGCUGGGGUCCAAGGGCGCAUUGGUGACGAUGUUGCUGAAGCCGGGGGAUCCGUUGCUGAGGGAUGUGCAUCAUGCGCCGUAUAUUCUGGCGAGGAAUUAUAAUGAUCAUCCGCAUGUGGGCGGUGUGUAUAUGAGGUUGUUCCCGCCGGUGGAGACGGUUGAGGAUGUGGUUAGUGUUAAUGGUGUGGGGGAUACGUUCUUGGGCGUGUUGGUGGCAGGGUUGGCGAUGGGUGGACGGGUUGAGAAUUUGGUGGAUGUGGCGCAGAGGGCGGCGUGUUUGUCGUUGAGGAGUCAUGAGAGUGUUAGUAUGGAGUUGGUUGGGUUGAAGAGUGAAUUGAGGUUGGCGGUGGAGAGGGAGUGA